AUGGAUGAAAUGCAUUUGGUGACAAACUUGAACGACAUUAAGAAGUAUCAUAAGAAGAACCAUGUUGUUAAAGUAAGGGUUUUUGGUACUGUGAUGGAUUUCAACCCAAGGAAAGGUUCAAUAACAAUUCAAUCAAUAAAUCUAUUUACCCAAAAUAUAAUUACUCCAGGCACAGUUAUUUUAGAGUUGGAUCCAGAUAGAAGUUUAACUAAUCCAGAGGUAACAUAUAUUGGUACUUUAGUUGAUGUUUAUGGGUUAUACGAUGGUGAUAAAGUUAUGUUAUUAGAUGUGAAGUUCCCAGGCACUAGUGCAAUAUCUAAUGAUGAAAAUAUUACUAUUUUAAAACAAAUGAGUAAUUUAGAUUCUAUUUGA